ACGCGUGACGUAAGGCGAAAGCCGUUGGGCCCGCUGGGCGCGAGCGAGAUGGAGCGAGCGACGGGAGACUCUGCACUCUUCAGCCACGCCAACCCUUUUGUGGAGCCUCUGAUCUCCCGUAGUCACUACUGCCCCUCCUUGCUGCAGAGCCGAUCCAAGCAGCAGCAGCGGAAGGUGAUGAGAGAAGGCAGGAUCCAGUGGGCCAGACAGCACCUGCCUUUUGAGGACACACCUUCAGCCCCUGAUCCCCUGGAACCAACAGGCGAUGGUGCACGUUCCGACUCCAUCAGCCAUUUGGAGGAGUCCUGGCCCUCCAGUGAGAGUGCAUCUCCCUCCACACUGGAGGGUGCGUCAAGCCGUGUGCAGACCGGGUCCGGUGACCCACCUGGUGAGAACUUUUGCCCAGAUACGGGAUGGGUUUGCAGCCCAGAUGGACCACCUGCAGACAGUUCCAUCAUUGCCAAGUACAUUCAGAGAUUCCGUCAUGCCCGGCCGCAGAGCCGAGAGCAGCGUGCGGCCCAGCUCAGAGCCGGUCUCGAUGACUUCUGGUGGCUCCAUAACUCUCCCCGCAGCAGCUCCACACCAAAUGGAGAAAAGCACUCUGCUGACUGUGGGUCAGUUCUUCCUGGAGGGGGACCAGGCAGCAGUCACUCCCCUUUCUAUCUGCCAGAGUCUCACUGCCUGCAAGAGAUUUCGGCCCUGCCUGUCGUUUCCAGCUUAAGCCUGCCUUCGCUGAAGGGACUGUCUGCUUCGGAGAGGGUGCAUGACAGUUCCCUGCAGGAACCCCUCGACCCGAAUACACUACAGCUUCAGGAGAGAGCCCACCGCUUGCUCGAGCACAGCGAAUCAACGCUCAGCGACCCCGUCCCCGUCAGCUCAGAAGGAGUUGGGUCUCCACCGGAGUCAGAUGCCCCCAGCCUCGAAGAGACUUCACGCCGGCCCCUUUGUGUUCCGCUCAGAGAGUUGGCGGUUGGUGAAGGACGAACAGCACAGCUUUCUCCAGCGUCUGAGCGCCUCUACCUGGCCCCAGCCCGUUCCCUUGCUCUGCGUCCUGAGGACGACAUUCUAUACCAGUGGCGUCUGCGGAGGAAGAUGGAGGUGGCCCAGGACAGCCCUUGGCUAUCGCUGCCCGUUAGGAUGGCCCACUCUCCACCGGUUCGUCUGCCCAGGCAGGUGGAAGAAUUUGGCGAGUGUGGACUUACACGAAUAGGACCUUCAGUUGGGGAUGGUUUCUCUGCUCAUGGAUCCCCAAGCCAACCCCAGCCCAAUCCCUUCCUCCCCCAGUGCUCGCAAUGUUCCAGUCAGCUGGCAUCUCAAAGGGACAAGAAAGAGAGCGCGUGGUGUCAGACCACGAGUAUUUUGGAGCCUGGACUGGCCGCAGCCAGGCACCCAGAUUCUGGACUUGCCAGUCCUGAAAUUCCAGAGUUUGGACUGACCACUGCCAGGAUCCCAGAGCCCAGACCUAGUUCCAAAAUUCCAGAGCCAAGACCAGUAACUACCCGGAUCCUGGAGCCUGCGCUGACCACCACCAGGAUUUCAGAUUUGCAUCCCGGGCUGGAUCCAGGCCAGGAAACAUCCAGUGAGCCUGGACCUCCUGGUACUGAAAUCCUGGAGCCCCAUUCGGCACCUGCAGGGAUCCCAGGGCCUGGACUUGCAGCCGCCAGGAUCCCAGAUCGACAUCCCAGGCCAGAUCCAGGCCAGGAAUCGUCCAGUGAUGAGGCCUGCAGCUCUCCAGCUGGUGUGCAGCGAUCCAGGGUGGAACGUGGAGUGGAAUCCAGACUGGCACCAUCUGAUGUUCAUCACGUGUUGGGACAGGUUAUCUCUGAGGCGAUCUUCUCACCCCCUCCUCCUCAAUUGUCACGGAAAACUCACGGCAAUCCAAGGAGAGUGGCAAGAGCUAUGAGAAAGAAUCGACCGACGGUGUCACCCAGUGCACGUUUGCACUUGCGGCCCUCGUCAGAAGUGGGCCCCAGUCAGUCCCCAGAGGUGCUGGCUCAGCUGCUGGAGGAGGCUGAAGAAUCAGAUGGUGUGGAGUUUGAGGAGGACGUAUUGCUUCAGGUGCUACGACAACAGCGAGACUGGGUACGACGGCAGCUCAGGGAAGCCAACUUGAGGCUUGAGUCUAUUAGCUGCCAAGGAUCAUAAGGACAGUGGCUGGAAGAGCCGACAUCUGGCGUGACCUCUGCAGAGCCGUGUGAGUAACGAAUAUCGAUGUGGGCAGAGAAGGGGACACAAAUGGUCCAGAACAAAAGCGGCCAAGGAGUGAGAGUUCCUCCAUAUUCAUAUUGUUCCUGCAAUUUCUCACCACAAACAGGACAGGCCUGUGUCUGCAACACCUCCGCCCCCCCCCAUACGAUGUCAGGACGGGGUUUGUGUCUGUGACUCCCCCACACGGAGACACAUCAGGGUCUGUGUCUGUGACUCCCCCACACGGAGACGGGGUCUGUGUCUGGGAGAGUGGGUGGAGCUCCCACAGCUAAUCAUGAUGCAUGUUCCCCACCUCUGUGAGACCCCCUCCUUCUUUCACUGAGCUCUUUGAUUUUUCCCAUGUAUUCAUGGAUGCAUUUUAGGAAAAGGACUAUUGUUUUCACUAAACUUGGAUUAAUUAGAUUAUUUUGAUGCAAUAAAGUUUUUUAUAUGUGUUUCUUACUUGUGCCUUUCUGAACCUCAUCCAGCUCAAUGUAAAAACUGUUUAGUUGUGCUCCACAAAGAGGAUGCAGGCUCUGUCUGACUUCUGCAUACCACUUAUCUGAUUAUCAACAGGAUGUCUGAGGCUGCAUUUCAGUUACCUCAACAUUUCACCAACAACGUUCAGAUAGUGAAGCGUUCUCUACAUUGUCCCAUCAAAGUCAAAGGGUGAAGAUCCCUCACACCAUCCUAUCACACACUCACAAGGUUAGACACAGAGAGAAGCUCCCUCUGCAUCGUCCUGUCACUCAUUCACGAGGUCAGACACAGUGAAUCUCCCUCCAGACCGUCCCAUCAUACAAUCUAUGGCUAACUGGAGGUCCAUGACCCAGUCCUUGUUAGAGAAUCGGAGGUGGAGAGAGAGGUUCAGUAACUUUAAGUUCCUUGACAUUAUCAUUUCAGAGGAUCUCUCCUGAGACCAGCAUGUGUCUUUACAAAAAAGGCAUAGCAGUGCUUCAACUUUCUUAGAAGUUUGUGGAGAUUUGAUGAAUCUAAAACUUCUAUUGAUGCACAGUGUACAUAAUUGUGACUGGUUGCAUUAUGGCCUGGUAUGGAAAUACUAGUGCCCAAGAAUAUAAGAGCCUAUAUGAAGUGGUGGAUACAGCCCAGCUCACAGGAAAAGCUCUCCCCACCAUUGAGCACCUCUACAAAGAGCGCUGCCACAAGAAAGCAGCAGCAUCAUCAACAACCAUCCAUACCUUGUUCUCUUCUUGCUGUUGCCACCAGAGGUGAGAUACAGAAGCCUUUGGUCGCACAGCACCGGGUUCAAAAAAACCUUCAACCAUUUGGCAUAACUUCACUCAUCUCAACACUGAACUAAUUCCACAUCUAAGGACUUGACAACUUGUGCUGUCAGUGUUAUUUAUUUAUUAUUGUUAUUAGUUUUUCUGUAGUUUCGUGGAUUGUUUGUCAGUCUUUGCUCAUGUGUAGUUUUUCAUUGAUUCUACUAGGUUCUCUUUGUAUCUUCUGUGAAUGCCUGCAAGAAACUGAAUAGCAGGGUAGUAAAUGGUAACAUGUUUGUACUUUGAUAAUAAAUUUAUAUCGAAA